CAUCGCCCGGCCCAGUCGCGCCCGCGGAACCAGACCAGAACUGGUUGCGACUUGUGAGAUCUUGUCUCGGCCUCUCCAUUCUGUGGACAGGGAAACUGAGGGCGAGAGAAGCCGCUCACGUGGCCAGGAGGCGCAGAGCUGGGCAGAUCGGGAGCGGUGCCGAGAAAAAUUUCCUUACUAGAUGACAUUUCAUCGCAAUGUCCGAUCGUUUGGGGCAAAUAACCAAGGGCAAGGAUGGGAAAAGCAAGUAUUCGACUCUCAGCCUGUUUGAUAAGUAUAAAGGAAAAUCAGUAGACGCCGUCAGAUCCUCAGUUACUCCUCGCCAUGGCUUGCAGAGUCUCGGGAAAGUUGCCACAGCCCGGCGUAUGCCGCCACCUGCAAACCUGCCGAGCUUGAAGUCUGAAAACAGAGGAAACGACCCCAACAUCGUUAUAGUUCCCAAGGACGGGACGGGAUGGGCAAACAAGCAGGAUCAGCAAGACCCAAAGAGUUCCAGUGCGACGGGCUCUCAGCCGCCGGAGUCGCUGCCGCAGCCGGGUUUGCAGAGGCCUGUCUCCAGCUUACAGAAGCCGACACAGUCGAGCAGCCAGGAGAACACAAAUUCAGUGCCAGGUGGACCAAAGUCAUGGGCACAGCUGAAUGGAAAGCCAGCAGGACACGAAGGUGGUUUAAGGGGCUCAAGCCGACUGUUAUCCUUCUCUCCCGAGGAAUUUCCGACGCUGAGAGCAGCUGGAGGGCAGGACAAGGCUGGCAAAGAAAGGGGCGUCUUCGAUCUGUCGUAUGGGCCAGGACCAAGCCUCCGCCCUCAGAAUGUGACAAGCUGGAGGGAGGGCGGUGGGCGAAACAUAAUUGCUGCCGCGUCUCUGAGCGCCUCCCCGACGGAGCUGGGCAGCAGGAACCCGAGCGCGGGAGACGGAUCCCCGUCCUCGGCGUGUCCCGGCGAUUCCAAGGACCCCGCUCUGCGCCCCGCUCAGCCUCUCCGAAAAGGGGCUUCACAGUUCAUGGGAAACGUGUACCACCCACCCACGUACCAUGACAUGCUUCCUGCUUUUAUGUGCUCGCCACAGUCAUCAGAGAACCAGGGUACCGUGGAACGAGGACCUUUCCCCCUCCCCCAGCUCCGCCUUGAGCCCCGUGUCCCUUUUAGACAGUUCCAGAUGAAUGACCAAGAUGGGAAAGAAAGCAGGCUGGGAACGACUCGGCCCAUGCGCCCGCUGAGGCAGCUGGUGGGACGGGCGCCGCGGCCCACGAUCAUCAACGCAGAAAACCUGAAGGGCCUGGACGACCUGGACGCCGACGCUGACGACGGCUGGGCAGGCCUUCACGAGGAAGUGGACUACUCUGAGAAACUCAAGUUCAGCGAUGACGAAGAGGAGGAGGAGGCUGGGAAGGACGGCAGACCGAAGUGGAACAGCUGGGACCCCCGACGGCAGCGGCAGCUGUCCAUGAGCUCUGCGGACAGCGCCGACGCGAAGCGUCCCCAAGAGGAGGGGAAGGACUGGGGCGAAGCAGGGGGCGUGGCCCGUGUCAUCCGGAAAGUGCCAGAACCGCAGCCACCUUCUAGGAAGCUUCAUGGCUGGGCAUCUGGCCCAGACUACCAGAAGCCCUCGCUGGGCAGCGUGUUCCGGCAACAGUCUGUCGAGGACAAAGAGGAAAAGCCCGCCCCGCGGCAGAAGUUCGUGCAGUCGGAGAUGUCCGAGGCCGUGGAACGGGCCCGGAAGCGGCGGGAGGAGGAGGAGCGCCGAGCCCGGGAGGAGAGGCUGGCCGCCUGCGCCGCCAAGCUCAAGCAGCUGGACCAGAAGCGUAAGCAGGCCCAGAAGGCGGCCGAGGCCCCGAAACCGGCGGAGAAGGAAGUGCCCCGGUCUCCGGGCACCGAGAAGGCGUCCCCGCAGGAGAAUGGCCCUGCUGUCCGCAAAGGCUCCCCUGAGUUUCCUGCCCAGGGAGCCCCCAGCACGUUUUCUGAAGAAGCCCCUGCAGCCCCUCCGGCUGUGGCUCAGAGCAGCAGCAGCAGCGAGGAGUGCGCCAGGGAGGCCGGGUCCCCUGCACAGGAGUUCAGCAAGUUCCAGAAGUCGCUCCCUCCCAGAUUCCAGCGCCAACAGCAGCAACAGCAGCAGCAGCAGCAGCAGCAACAGCAGGAGCAGCUAUACAAGCUGCAGCACUGGCAGCCGGUGUACCCACCACCUUCCCACCCCCAGCGAACCUUCUACCCCCACCACCCCCAGAUGCUGGGCUUCGAUCCCCGGUGGAUGAUGAUGCCUUCCUACAUGGACCCGCGGAUCCCCCCGACUCGGGCCCCCGUGGAUUUCUACCCAUCUGCCCUCCAUCCCUCGGGACUGAUGAAGCCCCUGCUGCCCCAGGAGACCCUCAGCGGGCCUGGCUGUCGCUCUGAGGACCAGAACCGUGUGCCCCCGCUGCAGGAGCGGAAAGUGGCCGCCCUCGAUCCAGCCCCGGUGUGGAGCCCAGAGGGCUACAUGGCCUUACAGGGCAAAGGCUACUCGCUUCCGCAGCCGAAAGCCAAUGACACUUUGGCCAUGGACGUGCACGUCAGGAAUGAAAGCUCUUACUCUGCCCCCCCCGGAAGGUCAGGGGGCGUAGGUGCCCAGCGCGAUCUCCUUGAGGAGAGAGGGGAGGAGUUCUUGAGUGCUUUUGACAAGAAGGCCCAAGCAGACUUUGACAGCUGUGUCUCUUCUCAAAGAAUAGGCCAGGAGCUUUUGUUUCCACCCCAAGAAAAUGUUGAGGAAGCAGGUGCGCCUGGGGGUCACAGCCCAGACCUCCGGUGUUCCCCACUGGAGCCCGACUUUGCCCCGGCCGAGAAAAAGCCAGAGUAUAGCAGCUGGGACGUUAGCCACCCUCCAGAGGCCACCGACGCAGCCGGCGGCAUCGAGAAGGGGGCGCCCCGGGAGGAGCCGCCUUUUAACGUCUCCUCUUGGGAGAAGGAAGGGAGCCCCGGCAAGCAGGCGUCCCUGGAGCCCGAGUGGACCCCCGAGCCGCGGGGCCCCGGCGGCCAGCACCAGGAGCAGACCAGCAGGACACGGAGGUCGGGACCCAUCAAGAAGCCCGUCCUGAAAGCCCUCAAGGUGGAGGACAAGGAGAAGGAGCUGGAGAAGAUAAAGCAGGAGCCGGGGGAGGAGGGCGCCCGCGUGGCCAAGGAGACGGGGCCAGGUCGCAAGGUGGAGAAGGCCGAGGAUGAAGAGAACGACCCCGCGCUGGCCAACUCCUGCCCCUCCCCCUCCCCCGUGGAGGACCAGGGCUCCGCCCGCGCGCGUUUGGGCCGCGAGGCCGGCAGGUGUGAUGAGGACGAGAAGCCGGACAGAGCCUGGGAGGGCAGACCCUCGCGGGAGUCCAGCGACACCCCCCCGACAAAGAGGAACAACUGGAUCUUCAUCGACGAGGAGCAAGCCUUCGGGGGCCGAGGGCAGGCCCGGGGCCGCGGCCGCGGCUUCCGCGAGUUCACCUUCCGCGGGCGGCCUGCGGGCGGCGGCCCCGGCCUCUGCGGCGGGGGGGUGCUCGGGGCGCGGGGCGUCUACGGCGGCGGCCAGAGGAGCGGCCGCGGCCGGGGGCUGCGGGACUUCGGCCAGCCGGAGGACUUCCCCCGGGCCAAGCCGCGACGGCGCAUCGCCAGCGAGACGCACAGCGAGGGCUCCGAGUACGAAGAGCUUCCCAAGCGGCGGCGGCAGCGAGGCUCGGAGAACGGGAGCGAGGGCUCGCUCCUGGAGCGGGAGGGCGGCGCCCUGAGGAAGGGCGACUUCAGGGACUCCUGGCGCUCCAACAAGGCGUGCUCCGAGGACCACGGCGGCCCCGAGGCCAAGAGCCGAGGCCCUCGCGCCUUCGGCCGGGCGCUCCCGCCCCGGCUGAGCAGCUGCGGCUACGGCCGGAGAACCUUUGUGUCCAAAGAAGCCUCCCACUGGCAGAGCAAGGGCCCGGGGGCCUCCUGGCAGGAGUACGGCCCUCCGGACGUGUGCGGGUCCCGGCGACCCGCAGACCGAGACUGUGUCCCCGACGCGUACAGACAUUCUGACUCGUUUGGCGCCAGGGCCUUCGAAGACGGCCGCCUGGAGGACAAGAGGCCUUUCUUCCCCGACGACCACGCGGCCGACUCGGAGGGCGCCGAGAACCGGCCCUUCCGCAGAAGGCGCCCCCCGCGCCAGGACAAGCCCCCUCGCUUCCGGCGCCUCCGGCAGGAGCGGGAGUCGCUGGGCCUGUGGGGGCCCGAGGAGGAGCCCCACCUGCUGGCGGGGCCGUGGCCGGGCCGGCCCAAGCUCUGCCCCGGCGACAAGAGCGGGUCCCCCGAGCUCUCGUACCAGAACUCGUCCGAUCACGCCAACGAGGAGUGGGAGACGGCCUCCGAGAGCAGUGACUUCAGCGAGCGGCGCGAGCGGCGCGAGGGCCCGGGGGCCGAGCCCGAGCCGCAGGCGGACGGCAGCCUGCCCGGGGCCGCCGUGGGCGAGAAGAAGGAGCUGGCCAAGAGGAGCUUCUCCAGCCAGAGGCCCCUGGCCGACAGGCAGAGCCGCAAGCUGGAGCCGGGGGGGUUUGGGGAGAAGUCCGUUAGGCCCGGUGGUGGUGACGCCGCUCCCCGUUAUGACAGCCAGCAGAACGGGACGCCUUUGAAAGCCAAAAGGUCCCCGGAUGAGGCUUUGCCGGCGGGGCUUGGUGGCAGCAGCGGGAGCAGCCACUACGCGCUGGAGCGGGCGGCCCAUGGCGCCUCUGACACCCCCAAGGGCUCCUGUGAGACGGCGGAGGAGGCGGCCAAGCUGGUUGCUCAGAGGGCGGGCGAACAGGGAGAGACCAUGAAACAGUUUGACCUGAGCUAUGGAAAUUCCAUCAUUGAGAACUGUGGGUCCAGCCCCGGGGAGGAGAGCGAGGUGGGCCCCAUGGCGGCCGAAGGCUUCAUUGAGGUCCUGACCAAGAAGCAGCGCCGUCUGCUGGAAGAAGAGAGGAGGAAGAAGGAGCAGGCCGUGCAGGUGCCCGUCAAGGGUCGCGGUCUUUCCUCCCGCAUCCCUCCUCGGUUUGCGAAAAAGCAAACCAACUUGUGCCUGGAGCAGGGUGACGUGACGGUGCCUGGCAGCAGCCUGGGCACGGAGAUUUGGGAGAGCAGUAGCCAGGCCCUCCCCGUCCAGGCCCCAGCCAACGACUCCUGGACCAAAGCUGCCUCUGCCUUCAGCAGCGCCGAGUCCGGCUCCGCUGAGCAGGGUUUUAAGAGCAGCCAGGGCGACAGCGGCGUCGACCUGAGCGCCGAGUCCCGGGAGUCGUCUGCGACCUCGUCCCAGCGCAGCUCCCCGUAUGGCACACUGAAGCCGGAGGACAUGACUGGGCCUGGCUUGGAGCCCAAGGCCGAUGGCCACAAGGAGCAGGCUCAGAAGCAGCCCGAGCCAAAGGACUCGGAUCAAGGUUCAGGACAGAGCAAGGAGCACAGACCGGGACCCAUCGGCAACGAGCGUUCUUUGAAAAACAGGAAGGGCUCAGAGGGGGCCGAGCGGCUGCCGGGGGCCGUCCCUCCUGUCAACGGCGUGGAGAUUCACGUGGACUCGGUGCUGCCGGUACCGCCCAUUGAAUUCGGAGUCAGUCCGAAAGACUCGGAUUUCAGCUUGCCGCCUGGCUCGGCCUCUGGUCCCGCAGGGAAUCCAGUCGUCAAACUUCAGGAUGCCUUGGCUAGUAACGCUGGGCUAACACAGAGUAUUCCCAUCCUCCGGCGUGAUCAUCACAUCCAGAGGGCCAUCGGCCUCUCCCAGAUGUCCUUCCCCACUGCCGACCUCACCCUGAAGAUGGAGUCCGCCCGCAAGGCUUGGGAAAAUUCACCCAGUUUGCCGGAGCAGAGCUCCCCGGGAGGCGCGGGCUCGGGAAUCCAGCCCCCGUCUUCUGUGGGUGCCUCCAACGGCGUCAGCUACAGCUCGUUCGGUGGAGUGUCCAUGCCGCCCAUGCCCGUGGCCUCCGUAGCACCCUCCGCUUCUCUUCCAGGCAACCACCUGCCGCCUCUGUACCUGGAUGGCCACGUGUUUGCAAGUCAGCCUCGGCUGGUCCCUCAGACGAUACCUCAGCAGCAGAGUUACCAGCAGGCCGCCGCCGCACAGCAGAUCCCAAUUUCCCUUCACACGUCUCUGCAGGCUCAAGCCCAGCUUGGACUGAGAGGCGGGCUCCCCGUCUCCCAGUCUCAGGAGAUCUUCAGCUCCUUACAGCCCUUCAGAUCUCAGGUGUACAUGCACCCCAGCCUGUCACCGCCCAGCACCAUGAUCCUCUCUGGAGGCACAGCCUUGAAGCCCCCCUACUCGGCCUUCCCCGGCAUGCAGCCCUUGGAGAUGGUGAAGCCCCAGUCCGGCUCCCCCUACCAGCCCAUGAGCGGAAACCAAGCCCUGGUCUAUGAGGGCCAGCUCGGCCAGGCUGCUGGCCUGGGCGCCUCGCAGCUGUUGGACUCCCAGCUCCCACAGCAGCUGACGAUGCCGCUGCCUGGCUCCCAGCUGCCUCUGCCUCGGUACGGCUCCGGGCAGCAACCCCUGAUCCUGCCACAGUCGAUCCAGCUGCCCCAGGGCCAGAGCCUCUCCGUCGGGGCCCCCCGACGAAUCCUUCCACCCGGGUCCCAGCCUUCGGUCCUUAACACCAGCAGAGAGUCCUCUCAGAUGGAGAUGAAGGGCUUCCACUUUGCCGACAGUAAACAGAAUGUUCCUUCAGGAGGCUCCGUGCCAUCACCACAGACCUACAGGCCUAGCUCUGCUAGCCCCAGUGGGAAGCCCUCUGGAUCAGCAGUUAACAUGGGCUCUGUGCAGGGACACUACGUUCAACAGGCCAAACAACGAGUGGAUGAAAAACCCAGCUUGGGAGCUGUGAAACUGCAGGAGGCGCCCUCGGCCGCCUCCCAGAUGAAGCGAACCGGAGCAAUCAAGCCUCGGGCGGUCAAAGUGGAGGAGAGCAAGGCCUGAAGGUGCUUGGCCAUGCCUUGCCCCCCCCCCCCCCCUUGAGGACAGGGCCACCGCUCGGCCUGGACAUCUCACCAGAUCCACCGUCCAACCACCUGGCCCGGACCGAGAGACCUCCCUUCUCUUCUCCACUCCUGAAAGCUCCAUCGUCCAGCCGGCUUGUCCCUGUGGAUAUGUGACCUUGACCUGCUCGCUUUAAUACGAAACAAGCAAGCAAGCAAACGACACCGUCCCCUCGUCGCCCCCACCUCCUUUCCACCGUGACUGUGGAGUGACUCCCGCCUUCGUGCAGUACGGAUGAUCCCGCCCCCCACCCCCCACCAGCUCCGCCGCCGUGGGCUCAGCGCCUUCUCCGGUCGCUCCCGCUCCCGGCCUUCCUGGCCCCAGGCGCGGUGGCUUGAUAGCAGGGCUGUUGUAGUGGGAGGCUUUUGGAUUUAAAAAGCAGCUGAAGUUUUUACAAAGGAGAAAGGAAAAGAAAAAAACACAAGCUAUGUCUGCGUAGCUGAACUUUUGUACUUCCCCAUCCUCCCCCUCCCCCUCUGCCCCGGUACCACCCUCGGCCCCACCCUCGGCCCCACCGGCAGUCGCUGCGCUCCCUUAACACCUGACUCCGGCAUCCCCCGCGCUCCCGCAGAGACGUGGCGGGCACGCCGGGGGCAGCCGCGUGCUUGGGGCAGUGAGUGAGGCCAGGGCGGUGGGUCGGUGUCACGGUGGGGUUCUAGCCCCUGGCCUGAGGACCGCCGGAGGCUGGGGGCGGCCCAGUGAAGCCGAUGAUGUUUUAGCAGAGGAAUUCCAGAGUUUCUGUCCCGGACUCUUCUACAGCCGGUGGACGUGCUGACCCCUGGGCGCCUGAGGUCAGCCCUGGAGAUCCACAGUCACUGGCGUUUCCCAGCGUGGCCCAGCGCCUCUGCGUCUAGGGCUCCAGCACCCGGGGGCUGCCGUUUGACCCGCACGCCCUUCUCAGAGCCUUCCAUCACACGCCCGCCUCUUUCUUUCCCGCGCCUGUCUCUUGUCUGGAUCUUCCUGUCCCGCCACCUUUCACCCAGCUCGUCCCCUGAGACCGUGAGGCCCCUACUCACGGGGACAGGGCCGCACGGACGGUUGUGCGGGUCUGCGACAGAGGCGCGUGGCCUGGAAGGCUGAGGGGAGGGGCCCCUUCCUCUCCUCUUAUUUUUUUGCUCCCACUGGCAGCCCCAGGUGGUUGGGACAGAGGCGCCUGAGCCGGGCAGUGGGUGUCCAUCUCUACAGAUGGCUUGGCCGGGGUCCACGGGCAGGGCAGAUGGAGGGUCUGACCGUUGUUCCUCGGCGGCCUUGGGCGGCCUCUGGGUGGGGAAGAGACAGCCUCUUAAGUCUGCAGCGAUGCCUCUAGCGAAAUGUUUGUGUGAGCCAUUUUAUGCUGGGUUUUUUGUUGUUUCUUUUAAAAAUAAGAACUAGAAGGAAAUGGUCCCAGGUUUUGUCAUUCCAGGGAGAGGGGAAGGGGAACGUCAGGUUUUGCACGCGCUCUGCAGAGCACUUGCCGCCUGCCUCGCCGAGCUGACCCCGCUGGCAGCUCCCGGGGGGACCUGGCUCAGAGGACUGGCAGUCGGUGAGUGGGGAUGUGCCCCGCAGAGUCCACCGAGUGCCGCCGCAGAUGUGUGACGCCCAGUGUAGGGUCGGGUAGGGCAGGGCCUUAGGAACUGCGCGUGGGCCUCUUUGUCGCUGUCCCCCGCUCUAAAGAGGGGGUGUGCCGGGCGUCUGCGGGGCUCGCCUGGAGCUUCCCGCGGUCCCCCCCCCCCGCCUCCACCGUCAGACCUCGCUUCCCAGCUGGUCACCUUCACGCCUGAAUCCUUACCCUGAGGUCCCUUCUCGAACGGCCGCUCGCUUGACGAGUCGCCCUCCCCAUGUGCGCACCUGCCCUCUCCCCUGCAAGCGCGUGACUGCCAUCCUUGUGCCCAGCUGCCCUGCCCUCCGCUCCCCUCCGCCGCCCCCGCCCCCGCAGGAGCCACCCGUGCUUCCCGCUGCCUGUACACUUGGAAACGCCUAAUUCCAGCGCUCGUACGUCAAAAGGAAAAAAGGUUUCCUCGUCUCGAAAUUCAACCGAACAGUCCUGGAUGCUGUGAGAAACUCAAGGUGUACCCCGCAGGCGAGCCUGCCGUCACAGUGACUGUCCUCCCUGUUUGAGAAAAAAAACAAAAACAAAAACCACGAGGUCACCUGUUCUCCAGCCCUUCUCUCCACCCCUGUAUUUUCUCUCCUCCCCCUCCCCAAUAAAAAGAAAACACUAGAAUUUAUUUAUAUGUAUUGAUGUUGUAGGUCUAGGUGAAAACCAGUAAAUGUUUCACUGCUCUA